UAACCAAAUAACUUGUUUGGACUAUUCCGAUAAAACAUUUAUUUGAUUCAAUAAAUCGUUCUCCCUGUAUAUUAAUACGACAUAAUUAAUACGACAUAAACUUUGCAGAAAAAUAUCAGUAUUCUGUCGGUAAAGUUUUCAGUUUCGACAUCCCUUUAACAGUCGUUAUUUAAAAUAUGUCACAUGAGAUACCGAGAUCUGAAUUUUAAAUUGUAUCAAAAUUUUUAAUUUAUGUCAUAUAAUAUAUGUAACGCAUAAUUAUAAUCGCAAUUCAUCUGAGAAGCUCACAUUUAACUCUAAACUCGAAUCUGAGCAUAUCAUGUGAGAAAAAUCUCACACACAUACACAAACAAAAAUUAUUAAUACAGAUUUAAAUCUGAAUUAUUAAUUCAGAUUGAAAUCUGAAUGAAUAGCUGUGAUGAGAAGCGUCUCUACGCAUGCACGCACACAUGUUCGCUCUCAACUCUUUCUCACUUAUUUUUAUGAUUUAUUUAUUUCCUGUCUGGAUAUCCUGAGAUCCAAGGAUAUUAGUGAACCCGUCGAUCAGAGUCCCGCUCUCGGCGGCCUCGAGCUUCUUCUACUUCUUCGUGUCUGGGGCCGGUAUAGCGGGGGGCAAUGUCAAGGUGUUAUAAGGCCAGGCGCAUCUCUGCCCACCGAUCAUUCCACGUCGAGAAACCCAGUUGGUUUGUGAGUUCAUCGCCGACCUCGAAGUUGACCGUGACAAGAGAAGGAAGAAAGACAGGCAGGAAGAGAGGAAACGGACGCCUGCAAGUAAGACGUCGUAACAAAAGCCAAGAACAUGAAGAGUGCCGUACUACUGUGCGCGUGUUUGCUGCUGAUCGGCGUUGGGGCUGUCGGCAGGUACAGGGGCUUAGAAUUCUUGGAACCGUGUUCUAAGAGGGAUCCCAAGCUGGAAGCCUGCCUCGCCAGGUCGGCCAAUGUACUCACCGAGCACUUUCGUGAAGGUCUACCGCAGCUAGGCUAUCCGGAGGUGGAACCCAUAAUUUUAGACGAGUUGCACAUCGCGCUCGGCGCCGGCCCGGACGGCUACAGAGCGCAAUUCAAAGACAUACAUGCAAAGGGAGUCUCCGCUUUGCGAGUGACCGGUCUCAGAACGCGGCUGAGCGACGACGAAGUGCAGCUGCAAUUAGCGCUGAACAUUCCCAAAAUCAGAGCGGCCGCCAGAUAUCGAUCCAGCGGGACCUUGAUCUUGGUGCAAGCUAGCGGCGCCGGAGAUUACUGGGGCGAAUACGAUGGCGUUAAGGCCAAGGUCUUCAUCAGGGCAAAGCCGUUUUUGGUUCAGGGCCGCCGUUACCUCAGGUUGCAGCAACUGAAAAUGGACUUUAGUGUGCAGAACAUCAAAAUGGGUGUCGAGAAUGUGCGCGACAGCAACUCCAUAUUGCUGGCGGCGCUGAAUCUCUUCAUCAACAGCAAUAGCCAGGAGUUACUGAAGGAGAUGAAGCCGGAUCUGAGGCGAAAGCUGGUGCAGGUGAUGUCGACCUUCGUUGAAAAACUGUUCGCGCAGGUGCCGUACGACGCCUGGAUCACGGAUUAAGGCGCUGACGAAUCGCCGUGAACAAAAAUCGAUGGUCGUCACGCAGCUUGGGGAGGAAAAGAAGACGACGGAAACAUUGUUCCCGCGACACAAUGAACGAUACAGUCCCGUUGCACUAAUUACGGCGGGAAUACCGGACGACAGUAUGCGACGUGACUGAUUACUCGGUAUUUCCGAGCUCAUUUGCGUCCAAUCUUUUGCGCGCGAAUCGUAAGAGCGAGAGAAGCGUCCGCGUACGCGAUACAGGGUAUUUCGUAGGAUUCGUAAGGUUCAAGACUCCGAGAGCGAAUAUUCUUCCGGCAUUGGAUUCGACGGAAGCAUUGUAACAUAUUUAUAUACCGAACAAACGCAAUUUAGUUUACGCCGGCAAUUUAGAGAAGAACGUUGGCUAAAAACUCUCGGCCGAUCACUCUCACGCUUGUAUCGUCUAUCGAUGAUUCACGCGUUGCUUGUCUGAUUGCUGCCUCUUUCGUGCAGUGACGAAGCUGAAAGAAGUUGAAAGCAAGGUGCGAUCAAUCGCGUUCGGAUCAUUCGGCUGUGCGCAACAUUGUGCGCACGUGUAUGUAUUAUGAUUGAGUUAUCCAUAUUCGGCUGCAUCGUCACCGAACGUCACGUCAUUUUAUUCAGAAUUCAACACGGCGGAAACAGUUUGGUUAUAUUGGAUUGUGCGAUAAGUGAUUUCGAAUUUCUCAGAUAAAACGGCACGAUUGUGUCUUGCACGCCGUUAUAAAUCUGUGUGAAGUGAUUAUCCUUUUAAUCUAUGAUCUUUUUGCCGUUCUCCGUGUACAUUGUUUCAUGAUAUUACAAUGACAUAAAAAUAUAGUCAUUGCAUUUUACGUGAAAAAUCCCAAAUGACUCGUUACGCAAUCCAAUAUUAACAUGAAAUUUGAUUCUGAUAAACGAACCAACGCGUUUCGAGGCUGAAGCAACGCGCAGCAUUUCUAGUUGUUCGGAAUCAAAUUUGAGUCAUAAAAAUUAGACAUUUCGAAUCCUUCGGCCGAAACGCGUUCAUUUGUUCAUCAAAAUUCAAUCUCACAUUAAUACGAAUAAAUACUUUUCUCCGUGAGCGAUAGGUGAGAUAUGCCGAGUCCAAAGGACUUCUAAUUGUAGGUAUACGCAUAAGUUUCUCAUUUACUGUGUAUAUACAUAUCACUAUUGUCUUUUUUCUCUAGUAUUAUCAGAAAGGAAGGAAUAAAUGGCAAAAAGAAAUGAUUUGUAA